AUGUCCAAGGUCAUGAAAGAACCGACCAGCGAAGUCUCUUUGCAGAAGGGUAUGGUGACAGCGGCCGCAGCCCCGGCGAGCACCAUUAAUAAAGAGAAAGAUCCGACCCAACCAUACCAUGAAGUAGCUGACAUCUCUUUGAGUGACUACGUCGGCGUUCAAACCUCCAAGUACGCUACCUACGUUCCGCACACAGCCGGUAGAUACUCGACUAAGCGAUUCCGAAAGGCUCAGUGCCCGAUCGUCGAGAGGCUUACGAACUCGUUGAUGAUGCACAGUCGAAACAAUGGGAAGAAACUCAAGGCAGUUAGGAUCGUGAAGCAUGCCAUGGAGAUGAUUUACCUCUUGACUCAUCAGAACCCAAUUCAAGUCAUCGUUGAUGCCAUUGUUAACAGAGGACCUCGUGAAGACGCUACUCGUAUCGGUUCUGCCGGUGUUGUAACUUGUAAGGCGUCAGGCCGUCGAUAUUUGUCCUCUUCGUCGUGUGAAUCAGGCCAUCUAUCUGCUAACAACCGGUCCCCGUGAGUCUGCGUUCAGAAACAUUAAA